AGCAAACUGCUCUAUAAAACACCCAGGGAGCAGAGAUUGAUGCCAGAGUUUGCAGUAUCAAACGAGCUGACAGUCAUGAUGAACCUCAUCAAAAAGGAAGGCACCCUGCGCAUCAGAGGCCACACUGUCCUCUGUCUCCUCAUCGGCCUGUUGGUUUGUGGAGCCUCUCAGGCUGCAGAGCAAGACGCAGCUGCUGUAAAGCUGAGACUACACUUGUUGGAGGAACGCUACAGACAUCUGUGUGCACAAUACAACGUCCUGGCAUCCAACGUCUCAGCUCCAGAGAUCAACUGCGACGAGUGUCCUGAAGAUUGGCUCCACGUAGGGGACCAGUGCUUCUACCUCAGCACUGACAGGGACGACUAUGUUAACAGUACAGCUAAGUGCGAAGAGUUAGGCUCCCAUCUCGCCACCUUGACCACCAAAGAAGAGCAUGAUGUCGUGGAACAAGAAGCCAGAAGGAUCGGAGGCAUUUACUUUUUCUACUGGAUCGGACUGAAUGACAUUGAGCAUGAAGGAGACUGGAGAUGGGCGGACAACUCAACACUUGAAACCUCAUUCUGGAGCAUAACGGAUCAGGUAAUAGAGCCAGACAACAGCCAGGUCGGCGGGCAAGAGGGAGAGGACUGCGUGGUGGUGGACAGCCACAAACAAGUCUGGAGUGAUGUUCCCUGUAACUUUGUGUAUCCCCGAAUCUGUCAAAAGGCGGCUGCCCCGUUAAAGUGAGCCCCAGCACACCUCUGCAGGACCACCACUCCACUGUAAAAGUUACUGAUACUUUAUUGGGAAACUGCAGUGGCAAAGCAUCAUUACUCUUUACAAUUUGAUUGACAAAUAAAAACAUUCUCUGCCAAAAAA